GUACUGUAUAACCACAACGUAACAUCACUCAGAUACAAGUUUCUUUUCUUGUCAAUAAUAAAAACUUUUGUCAUGUAGUACUGAUUUGAUUGAAUUUUUAUACUUUAAACUUAAUCUUUACUGAAGUAUCGUGUCACGAUGACAGAUUCAGUGAGGGAAAGUUCUGGGGAUAAACGUAUCAGGAGAAGCUUUGCGGAUAUACCAUGCUACAAGAACAGUUUGCUGUAUGGAAUUUCGUCAGGAAUAGGAGGUGGGCUCAUUUACUUCUUGUUUACGAGCAAGGUGAAACAUGCAUGUCAUGCCAGCAUAGCUACGCAUACUGUUGUUACCCUCUCCUAUUGGACGUAUUGUAGAUAUAAGUGGGAGGAGGAUCGUAAAAAAGCAGAGAUGAUGACCGAGUACUUAAGGCAGUAUAUAAUUAGGGAAGGAACAGAGCAAAAUGAAGACAAAGAGUCUGUCGUCUGAUCCUGGGAUUGUUUGCCUACUGGUUGAUUUUGUAUUGCUUGAUAGUAAACUAUAAAUAGUAUCCAAAUAAAUAUUUUUUUAUUGAAAUGUACAUUGUAAAUCAAAAUAUACAAAGUUCUAUGUUUGCGUGCUUUUUUGUUAACAGUUUGAACUUAUUUAUGUACUCAAGAAGUUUUUAAUCCAUAGUUAAGUAUCUAUACAUUAUACAUACAUGUAUUUGUGAUAAAAUUAUAUUUCUUAACUAAGUCUACCUAUUUAGAUGAGUGCAUCCUUAAUGCCAACCAAAUAUAGAUUUUUUUAUUAACAUGUUUAUAAAAACUUGUGAUUGUGACAUAAAAAAGAUGAUUUUGAAUUUCCAGUUAGAAAAUAGAAUAGAAAAGAAAUCAACAAACUAUAAACACUUCUUUACUGGGAUCCAAAUUGCAUGGGAAUUAACAAGACAAUUCGAUGAAAUACUAACGAUGGCAUUUUCAGAGCACUGGAUUCUAACUGGAAAUAUAAUAUAAAUGUCUUGUCAAAUUUUGCCAGAAAAAUUGUAAUCCUCAACAGGAAGCACAAAAUGACCCAUAAUUAUUGCGUUGUCUGGAAAAUAAUGCAGGUUUAUGGUUAUAAAAUAUGAUUAAAUAAAUGAUUUUGAAUA